AUGUUCUCGUUCCCGUUCCUACUUCUACUCAUGUUCGCUCAAGUGUCGAAGAUGAACGUCUAUGACACUCGACCCGUUGCCAACUAUUCUUGCCCCGAAUUUGCGGUCAAUUUAGUUUUCUGUGAAAAACAGAGAAUCCGGUGCAGUAUGGAGAGGAAAAACUCAUCGGAAUGUGGCUAUGAGGCGUGUGAAUGCGCGAGGGUAAUCAAUUUGAUUGAACUCAUUCUAAACUCUGGAAACUCGAUUUCAAUCUAAUUAGAAGAGUUUGCAAUCUAAUAAGAAAAUGCUCUAUUUCGCAAUCUAAUCAGAUUUAAUUGAAGUUCCAGUAAAAUCGUUUCAGAUUACAAUAUAUUUUUCCUGAAUUGCAAUCUAAUAAGAAAACAUUGCAAUCUAAUUAGAAGAUUUUGUAAUCUAAUUGAAGCAAAUUCUAUUCCAAACGAGUUCGUAUUAGAUUGCAAAGUUUUCUAACUAGAUUGCGAUCGAGUUCCCAGAGAACUUCCCCCUUAUUUUCAGCGAAUACCGGCGGAGAACGGCGCGUGCAAGAAAGCAGUGGAAGAGGUGUGCAUCGAAUCCGAAAAGUACAGCGGAAUGACGGGACGCCGACUAGAUGAACAGUUGGCUGGAAGUACUGCGAAACAUCUUUCGGGUAUUUCCGACAAACUUAUCAAGAACUGUUUUGAAAGUGAGAGUAAAGAUUUUGAGGAGAUGGAGAGAAAGUGUGGAUUGUUUUAGGCGUUGAAGACUACGAAAGUCAACGAGAUGAUACGCUUCUCCAACUCCCGGACGAUGACUUUCAGAGAAGAGCAGCUGUAAGUAGGAAAUGGCCGUCUGCGGAGUGUAAAUCUGGCCAGACAACUUAGCCAGCCCAACCCCGCCUCUGACUGACUAGAAUCUACCUUACUUCCAGGCCCUAAUACUGUAUCGCAGUAUUAACACGAGGCUAUCAACCGACUGCCGGGAGACCUCUCUGGAACUAGAGACAGGUCUCAAAGUCAUGGAUUCCGAAACGUAUGCCGAACUCAACAUUCCGUUCAUUCAAUGGCAUUGUGACUGGCAACUCGGCGACUUCGGGAUGGUCCUGUCCCGUAGAGCAGCACUAAUUUCAAGUCCAAAUCAGGCGGAACAGUACAAUCAUUGCUGUGCGAUUCAUCGAAAUUGUUACGCAAAUCAGUGGGAUCCGGAGAAUUGCGAUAGAGGUUUCAAAGAGUGUAACGAGGUGGGUCUGCUGGUAAAUUAGAAUCAAAUCAACCACAUACAGAACGUGGUAAAGUCAAUUAGAAGUGAAACGUCUGGCGCAGACGUGUACAGAAAGUAUCUGGAGCAUAAACUUCCAGCUAUUAGAAGAAAGGCGGUUGAGAUUGCUCGACGUACAGGUAAACGUUAUAGCGUGUAACUAGUAAUUGUACAAUUGCUUUUUUAAGACUUUGAUUUUAAAACCUAUUCGAACGAGUUUCAAUCGUUCAACGGAUACCAAAAUGGAGUGAUGGACAACUCAGUCACUCAUGUACUUUUCAUGGAGCUAAACUCUGCGAAGAUCCUGCAAGUGCUCAUUACACAAAUCUACGGAAACUGUUCCGAACACUAUUGUAAGAUUUUCCAAACCUUUUUAACCUAAACACAUUCAACGUACUUCAGAUGAAAUUUCGUCCUGCACCAGCAUGAGCCAACGCUGUCUUUGGGGGAACGAGUUCUCCGAAUCCGAGUGCUGCGACAAACUCAACAAGUGUCUGAUCAACAUUACAUUGGUCGGGAAUAACAAAAAGUGCACCAAUGCAGUGGCCCAACUCACACGCUUCCUUAAACUCGAGUCCCCGUCUUGGUUUGAGCGAAUUUCCGACUGGUUCACCCCCUUUAAACUUCUGCUGAUAAUUAUUGACUCAAUUAUUGUCUUUUGUGUUUUUACUGUAGGCUAUUUUCUUCGUAAGGCAGUCUAUUAUUUUUUUACUGUAGUACUACCUUGGCUACUUGGAGUGAUUAGUGCGAUCAUUUUGAAAUGGGUUCGAUGGUGGCUAAAUCCACAACAACUUGACAGCUUACAAAUGGAGCAACUACGUCCUUUGUCUCAAUAAACUCAAAUUCCCUCCCUCUCUUUCUCUGCCUCACACGUUUUCACUCAUCUCAUUUUCUUAAUCGUGUAAUUUAGGCAAAGCCUUUCCCGUUUCUAUGUUUUGUAUAGUUGCUAAUAAAGUUGAGAAGGAAAUGCUCUUGUUCAACGAAGCCGUUCAAAAAUGAUUCGGACGAUGAAGAAAGUGGAGUGCAAUUCAAAUUGUAUAAAAAUUUAAAAUUGUAUACAUCAAACUGGCUGGCGUGACUAUCACUCUGUUUUAAAGACCUCCUAAAGAUAACAUUCAUAUUUGUUCAAAUCGAUUCAUACACAUACCCUAUACGAAGCAGAGAGCGAUUCAGAUGUCAAACAUGAAUUCGACUACGUUACUUGUUUCGAUCAUCAACUGGAAAACCGACGAUGAAAAAGAUAGAUAAGGUACGUUGGUUUUGCCGUCUUCAUUGUUUUCUUGAAGUUCGUCUACGAGAUUUUCCUAAAGGACUGUUACAAGAGCUGGAAGAAAGAUAAAUGUGGGAAACACUCCUGUUGCAGUCACAUUUUUUGUGAAGGCGAAAGAGGUCCAUGUUGUACUAUUCACUUUCUACGUAAAUUUUCCCCCUUCGAAUAAAUAAACGAUACCUCAUCUCGAUUUCAUCACUUUCCGGAUGCUUUCAAUUGUCCUCCUCGCCCUCCACGCGUCCAUUUCAGUUUUAAUUACGCAUCGUCACAUUCCAUUUGACGGCCAAGCUCGCCUCGCGCACCAAUUGUUUAUGGGGGCGAAGUGCCCUCCGUCCGCUUCAGAUGCGAAUGCGCUUGCGCACGUCAAAAUAGUUCAUCAUUUUAUAAGGUCUCUCUUCUGUGCGAAGAUGUUCGGCUGAUUAAUCGGACGUCGGGGGCACAUUGAUGAUCGAUGCGUUUUCAAUAUGUUCGUGCCGCGCGCGCAUUCGAGAAAUGGUUAUGUGACAUGGCAAGCGCGGCGUUAUGUAACGACUUAGAUGGAUUGGACGUGCAUGAAGGGAGCGAGAGCACCUGCUUGUUACGAAAUAAUGAGCACUGCCGACUGCGAGCUAGGAGAUGGAUGAAAUGAAUGAGAAUGUUGCGUUUUUACCCAAAAUUUGCCUCAUUUCGAAGAACUGAAUACAAUUGAACUUUCAGCAAAAAGGCGGCGAUCUCUAUGCUCGAUUUGCGCGAAUAAAUUCAACGCCGGGCAGGGAGUGAGAGCCGACGUUAUGCGCCUUUAAAGUACGGUAGCGCGCUACAGAACGAGUUGAAAGAAUUGAGAGCGAACGAUUUUUCUGUAUCUACGUGUCGGCAAAACAUCAUGUUGGGAAACCUCAAUUCAAAGCAGCAGAAAUAGGAAAAUUGGUAACAAAGAAGAGAGUUAGUAGCGAUGUUAGCCAACGAGUGGCGGUCGAGUUCAACGACACUCCGUUCGCGGUGCCCGCGGUAGGCCAAAACUGACGGACUCCUCGACAAAGUAUACGGGUGCGCGUCUAGAGGGCAGGCAGAAAAAAGAGAAUGGUUCUGGCCAACAGGUCGUCCGAAUGGACGGACCGUCGAGAGGAAAGACUGCAACGCGACGCCAAACUACGAACACGUGUUUCGAUGGUCUGUUUACGUGACGAUGUGUCACUCAAACCCCUCGUUAACACCCUUUGAUCUCUGCGACAGGUGCGAAAUUCUUGAACGGUCCCCGUCCCGGUCAAAAUGUUCGCGCGAGAGCCGCACAUCCGGCUGUCAGUAAGGGUCUCUACACUCAUUUCUGGCGAGAACGAUCCCCUUUUUUUCUCCCUGCCCAGACUGCCUUCCCAAAAGGCUGUCGCGUCGCGUAGACUCAAGACCCUUAGUUUUGACCUACCACGCUCCGCGCAAAUAUGCAUUUUCGGCUGUGUGUUGUCAACACUUUACCGUCUCUUUCGGCAAAAUCUUAACAUUUUAAAGAAAUUUUGUUUUUGGGGUGGGCACUGAGUCACAGCGUGGACAUGAGACCAAAGGAGACUGCUGGCGCAUCUUGCACUCACUUGGCGCACUAUUGGAUUAUUUGGUUUCGCAAUUAAAAUCUUUUUCUCGUUUUUAUCUUUUAAAACUUGUCGAAACGCAAUUUUUCGUUAAAUAUUUGUUGCAAAAAACUCAAAUUUAAAUUUUCAGGACUCGUUGCGACAAUUUCUGCAGUUGGAAAGGCGCGAAGCUGGUGGAAAUUGCCGAGCGGCACGGAGUAGCGGUUAGAAUAAAAAAGAACAGUUAUUUUCUUCGCCGAUAAAUAAUUUCAGGUUUUCCCCAUCAUUUUAUCGGAUUGCGGCGGACACGCGAAUAGAAAAAAGCACUAAUCAACUGAAAACCAGGAAUCUCCAGCAAAAAAUUUUUAACGGAACACUAAAUUUGUUUGAUUACUGAAUGAAGCUUAUUGAAAAUAUUCUUAGUUUUCUUUUAUCGCGAUGUUAUCUCACUUCUACAAUUCUAAAAUUCGAUCCUUGUGGCCGGAAGUUUGCCUACAAAGCUCACUUUCAGCGACACUUCAGAUUUCUGACGGCAAAAAGACGUAACAAUCGCGCACAUAAUCAUUUUUACGUUUGAUAAAGCUCUCUUUCAUCUCUACAACUUCUAAUAUUGACAAACUUCUGCUUUUCAUGUAUUUCAGCCAGAAAUUCACGCUACUCUUUCAUGGUUUUUAAAAUCGGUCUAUUUGCAUUGAGUUGCGAUUUUUUUCAUCCGUACAGCGUCUCUAGCCAUUAUAUAACAGUAUUCAAGCGUCACUGUCGUAAUAAAUCUGCGAAACAAUUCAAAAAUAACCUCAAACUUUUUAAAUUUAUUUCGCAUCGCUACACAGUUUUGCACAAGGAAACACGACGGCUGCACCGAUUUGGCUCUGUGUGUGCUCAAAAUGACCGUCUAACUCCCAGCUACAAUAUAGCCUGUGACAAAAACGAAAAAAUUACGGCGUUCAAUUUUUACACGGGGAAUAACGCAAUUUUCGCCGAAAAUUUAUUAUUUUUGAACUCCCGCGCGUGCGCUGCAAGUGCGCUUUAAUGAUAAACGUCCACGCUGUGACUCAGUGGUGGGGCCGAUCAGUUUUUUUGAAAUCAUGUUCAAAAAUGUUCGCCGCACUGGCCCAGAUUUUUCCAACUAUGGUCCCCGGGCGUUCCGAAUCCGUAUUUUCACGCAACUCUUCCCAUGUUCAGUUCAUUUUUCUAGUUUCAUCACAUUUGUCGCUUAUCACAAGUCUUGGGUGCUUCCUUCCACGAAAUGAAAUCGGCGCGCGCAAUAAUUGACGCGUCUGGCCAUAUUGAGACAGUCCUAAUACUCGCCUAAUCCGACGGAGCCAGUCAUGGAGCCAUGUGUCCCGCCGGUUGGUCGUAAACCGAUUUCCUCGUGCCUCCUCGCCUGUCCCAUAUUGUUUCUCUCGCUCAAUUAAGCAAAGCCGAAAAGGACGUAUUAUGUGGGCGACCGGGCGUCAGCCAGGUGUUCUCCGUGGUUGCAUAUCUAAUUGCACCGAGGAAGGACGGCGGGACACAACAUCUUCUUCUUUUUUUGAUGCCACCCACAAAACAUGUCGUUGCUUUUUCUGCUUCUUCCGUCUUCUUUCAUGGCUCCUCAUUAGUCAGCUACACCACACCACAUUUGCAUAUUUUUGCGAAGAACCACCACAACUCAUUUUUCUACGACCCUUUCUCGCUUGACUCCCCGGAGAAACCGAAAGAGAGAGAGAGGGAAAGAGCAUCAUCGAGUGGCUGAAUUUUGGACGGAAAUUGGACGACGGAUCGGAUGGACAGAAAGAGAAAUGAGACAUGCAAAAAUGGGUAUGGGGAGAAACAGAAGACGGCUGAAGAGAUGGAUGAAGAGCGGAAAGAGAGUGGUCAGAAAAGAGAGUGAUAACUUGUGACAGUGAAAUUGCACUAGAAUUGGGAUAAGUUGCAUUGCUUCCGAAUCUAGAUGCUCUUGGAGCUCGAUGCUCCUUAACUGAAAGUUUAAACGUUUUCAAGUCAGUUCAACUUAAAAUUGGAGAUUCCCGCAACUUUCAGCAACUUUCCAGCAUUCCAAUAUAGCCUUUGAGAAUGUUUUCCCAUUUGUGCUUCUCCUCCUCCUCCAUUUCAUUUCUAAUUCAAUCCACCCCCACUCCUACAACACCUAAUCCGCCUUCAAUACCUGAUUAUUAUCCGUUUCCCCUCCCCCUUUCCUUCCGGCUCUUGGCUAUCAAUGCGCGAACAUUCUACCCCCCCGGACACAAAUUAGCUGAUACAACCUUGCUCCCUUUUCGCUUUCUUCGCUUCUCUUCCAACCUCAUGCCCAUUGGCAGCUGGUCAGUUCUUUAGAGACGCAGAGAGUGGGUCUCGCUUAGCCCCGCCCCCUCCGGAGAGACCACCGCCUUGCCAUUCGCAUUCAACACCGCUUCGAGGCCAUGAAGAGAUGACGCCCACGCUCCUCCGAAUGCUGCUCCUUUUACUUUUUCUAUUAGCAGUUGUAUCAUCACCUGUAGAGGGUUUCUUCGAGCCCUCGCCGCUAGAAGAUAGAUACUAUUCGACCAACGCCAUCGACAUUGUCUGUAAGCCAUGCGCGGUGCCAUCCUCUGGCGCCAUAAUCUGGCUCCCCGCCUCCAGACCCCCUUGCCUUCAUCCCGGACAGCCUAUCAUCCAUUGGCCGGAUGAUUCGUUGAACACCUUCUCCUGCCCCAUUCCCGGACGUCCUGAUCACAUCCUUUCCUCACAAAUCUCGCUCCUGGACGACGGUCUUUUGCUGACCAAGGAGCGAGUUUGUUUCUUCGACGGUCCCAUAGACAUCCACUACGAUUACACCUGUGACGGAAAGGUGUACAGGUCCCAUAUGAGAAUUGGUCACUCGACUGCCUUUGGUAGAAUCGAGAAGACGAGAAGAGUGAAACGAUGGGCGAGACGGAGGAAUCCGGACGCGAACGCUGUGCAUUUCCAGCAAGAAAAGUGAGUCGUUGAUACUUUAAAAUCCGAAAUUUCCUACGAGCAGCCAUUUUUCGAAAACCUAUACACAUUUUUGCGAGUUUCUCGUUGCUCUUUGUUAGUUUUGAUCAUAAUAAACGCAUUCACUGUGACAAUGAAUAAGAUGAAUAAGUAUUUCUCCGGCGGCACGCAUCUAAAGUCCCUGGAACGCUGCAUCGGAGCCUUCGUGGGCGACCGAAAGCCGAAAGUAAACCGGUCAGGACCAAUUUUUUUUGACUGUUGUGAUUAAGAAUUGUACGUUCCAGUUUUUGAGAAAAAUCCCAAAAACCGGUUUUGGCCUAGUAGAACGGCGAUGGCCUAGUCGAACAGGGACUAGAAACCUCCGCGAGACCCCCAGCGAUUCCUGGUUUAACGAAUAAGUUCAGAUAUGUUCGUGAACUGCCCGAAGACACCCCGAUCGAGACGGUGAUCGCGUCGGUCAAAGCAUCGCAUGCCUCCUCUCAACCCCUCUACUACUCGAUGGUCGCUCCACAAGACUCUCGCUCCCAAAAUUUGUUCACCCUGGACACGGUGAGUCAGUUUUUUCGUACCCUUUCGUACUCAAUCCCAAAAAAAAGGAAAAGUGCCUGAAGGAACAGAACACAACACAAACGCAAUUAUCUAUGAAUGCUUUCUAGUACUGCUAGUGCUCCUAGAUUGAGAGAGGGAGCGGCAAAAUAAUGCGAUUUUUGCAGAUGAGUGGAGAGAUUCGACUCGCUAAAAGUAUGGACCGAGAAGUUCUCGAUAAACACAUUCUCAAGGUGACUGCGUACGAACGAGUGGAUCCGACGAUUUCGGCGAGCACGACAGUCGUCGUACACGUGCUGGACGUUCAGGACAAUAGUCCGAUCUUCGAAAAGGAUUCGUAUUUUGGCGAAAUUCGCGAAGAUGCUCCGGUGAGUCUAUUCAUUCGUUCAUUCAUUCAUUCAUUGACACCCUGCGUCUCGUUCUCUCGUGCUAAUUCGAACGGGAGGAGCCCUCCCUCCCUCCCCGUCCAUCCAUCCAUCCAUCCAAACAACAGCUUGUAAUUAGGCGAGUGCUUCUGCAUGAGACAGUGUUCGAAGCGGUGGACACGCAGAGAGAUGCGCGAGAGGAUUCACCUGUCCUGCGAGAGAAUUGACACUGUAUUGGAUUAGCCGGGUUCGGGGUGUGAAAAGAAAAGGAUCUUAAGAAGAAGUGAAAGACGAAGCUGACGAAUUUUCGAUUUCCAUACUAAUUCCCUGCCACUCCGAAUUACUCUGUCCACUCGCUUUUUGGUAUAAAUUUCCAUUCCACUCCGCGCCGCCGUCCCUCUAAUUUCCCCCGAGACACGCCCGCCGCGCGUAGUACUUACGCGAAUUUUUGAGUGACUCGGGCGCGAGUGCCCAGUGCACUUUUCAGUUCAUAAAUCAAAGCGCCCUGGAGCCAACAUUGUUUCAGUGUAAAGGGUUUGCGCUCUUUCGCCCCCUCCCAACCGGCCAUCUGUCAUCAGGAGGCAGAGCUCGAGCGGGCAAAUUAUUAGAGAGCCGGCCGAAAAUGGAUGUUUGCCCCGUCAGGAAGAAGGACACCAACACCGUGUAUGCAUGGGUACGGCGAGAGGGUGCGCGGCGAGGAGAGACACGGGCACGAACGGGGGAAGUCGGGAUGUCGUCCGAUGAGCCACUCACUGUCUGUGUUCGAGUCGAAUUGAAUUGCAAAAGCUGAGGAGGGGUGUUCAAGAAGUUCGAACUUUUAGUGCUUCACGAAGUUUCUAAAAGUGGAAGAGAAGAAACUUUUCAGAAAACUUCCGCGAUAACCGCACUUUUUCGAUAUUUUUGUGGUAAAAAGCUAAAAAUUUCUGUGAUAACACAACAUUCCAGGCUUUUUUAGCAGGUUUCGUAUUUAUUACCCUUGGUGCCGCGGCAUGCCGUGAUUUUCAAAUUUCUUUCCGGCGAAACCAGUGUCGGCAUUGAAAUCUAAAACACGUAAAUACAAAAAUUUUGAGCGUUCGAACAGCAAAAAUCACCGAGAAAUGCCUGAAACUUAAUGGGGCUAUUCAGCGUAUGUUUGUUUUCCGUUUUUUUCGUUUUUUUACACCGCUGAAUUGGGUUUUUUUUUGAUGUAAAAAAACGAAAAAAACUGAAAAAAAUCAUUUUUUUUCACAGCCUGAAUAACCCCUAAGCGGCUUUUCCAUUUCUGCACUGCGUGCCUGCUUCCGUAAAUCGACACUGCUUUUAAGGGGAAUUGCUGAAUACUUUCCAUCGGCGAACCCAGUUUUCUGAAUGAAAUCUACUCAGUUCAUGCUCUCAAUGUGCGUAACCUUUUUGAGAAGUUUUCGUAGAAACUUUCCGGUUAGAAAUCGUAAAGUCAAACAUCAGCCUUUCUCACACAAAAACCCCUUCUCAUUUCCGGUCGCAAACCCAAAUUUCAUCAUGCUCAUCGCCUUCUUCCUUCCUUCCUUCCUUCUCACACCCAAUAAUGAGAUGAGUCGUGUCGUUUCUCGAAUCGUAAAGCGACCGCCGCCAAUGGCAUCCUUCGCUCGCAGCACACGCGCGCGCGCGAGAGCUUCGAAUAUAUAAUUAAAGGAGGCACAGUGUUGGGUUGAGACGGGCGGGGGGAGCAUGUGUAGUACAUGAGUGAUAUUGGACUAACUUGGCAGUCGGCAGACACUUGAGAAAUUAAAAUCUGAAUCUUGUAGAUUGGCACCACGGUUCUCUCGGUUUUCGCGCGAGAUUUGGACGCCGGCGAGAACGGAGAAGUCGAGUAUUCGCUCGGAGAGGGAAACGGAAAGAGUCUGCUGGCGAUCAACGCGAAGAGCGGAGUUAUCCAGACGGCCGCGCCGCUCGACAGAGAAACUCUCUCGCUGAUCCGACUGGACGUGAUCGCGAGUGAUAAGGGAACGCCGAAGAGGGAAUCGACGGCUCUUGUGGAGAUUACGAUACUCGAUGUGAACGACAAUGCGCCGGUCUUCGCUUCGGACUCUUACAACGUGACCAUCUCGGAAAACAUCACUCUUCCCGCGGUGAUCGCCACUGUCAAGGCGACUGACGAGGACUUUGGCACCAACGGCAAAGUGCACUAUUCGAUGGCUUCUUCCUCCGGAAUCGGGGGUCUUACCAUCGAUUAUUCGACUGGAGAAGUCACGUUGAGGGAGAGAAUCGACGCGAAGAACUCGCCGGUGACUGCGGUGAUCCGCGCGAAAGACGGAGCGCAGCCAGCCCUUUCCAGUACGGUCCCUCUCACAAUCCACGUGGUUGACAUAAAUGAUCACGCGCCCACGCUUAUCGCAGCACAGAAAUUGAUAACACUCGAAGAGAACGUGGCGAUUGGAGAGGAGGUCGGACGCGUUUAUGCCAUUGACGAGGACUCGGGACCUAAUGGAAUCAUCAAGUAAGAUUAUAGAUCAGUUGUGUUGGUGCACAAAGAACAACUUGCAGAUACUCGAUGGAGGGUUCCGAAGACUUUAUUAUUGACGCGGACAGUGGUGUUAUCAAAACAACAAAACUGCUGGACCGAGAAACAAUCCCACGGUAUUUGUUGAAGGUGAGAAAAACAAAAUAGUCAAGCCACCUAGUUGACUCGAAUCCCGGACGUUAAGAUUAAAAGUCUCACGCUCUAGUCUAGAGGACAGUUUGUCAGGACUUGUAAACUUUUAGAGUGUGGACAGGGUGACGAGCAUCGGAAAUACUAGACUAAUCCCAGAGUGAUCCUACACUAACUUUUCAGUGAUCCCCUCCGUGCGCACAUCCUCUCUAAUGCCUACACACUUCAGGUUACCGCACGAGAUAUGGGCACGCCGCCGCUGAACACAUCGACGACGAUCGCCGUGGUUUUGAAGGAUGUGAACGAUAACGCGCCAGUUUUCGAGCGAAAAGAGUACAAUGUGACGAUUUCUGAAGAAAUGCCACGUGGCAGUCAGAUUAUCACCCUGAAAGCUGUCGAUAACGACGAGGACCAGAAGAUCACGUAUCGAAUUGAAGAGGCCGACCGGGAAGUGUUCAGUAUUCUAGACAUUGGCGACCAGGGAGCUAUUCUAAGCGUUUCCGGCGAACUGAAUCGACAGGAUCACAAAAUCAGAGUGGAAAUAUCGGCGACAGAUCAGGGAGGACUUCAAGGUCGGUGCGUCGUGAACGUCUUCAUCGACGACGUCAACUCGGCACCGUACUUCAACGACCAUCCGUUUUCUGUAAAGAUUCCCGAACAUUCUCCUAUCGGUUACCCUGUAAUCACUUUGAAGGUAAGAAUCCCGCCGUAUCAUCCACAGUAAUCUCAUUUCCAAUUCAGGCAGAGGACCACGACCGCGGCGACAACGCGCGUGUCAUCUACUCGAUCGACUCGACCCAAUUCUUCCGCAUCGAUUCCACGUCCGGCGAGAUCUCGGUGGCGGCCGACUUGGACCGCGAGGAACGUGCCACGUUUCCGCUCAUCGUGACCGCUUCCGACCACGCGACGCUGCCGCUCAACACGUCAACUCAAAUCGAAGUGAUUCUGGAUGACAGUGAGUUGUAUCUCUGACGGCGGAUCAUUUUGACACAUUCAAAUAUGUUUCUUCUGCCCAAGAAUGGCAUUUCUGCCGGAUGGGCUGACAAAUGGCCAGAUGUGUGAGGGGGGGCGAGAGAGCGGGCGGAGGGCCCGAGACGCAGGCAGUGUUUGACACAACACGAUUAUUUACGGAAAUUGGGUUUGAGGCGGUAUUCCGGGCGGACAGAAGGAGACCGGAAGAAGCAUAGUACAAAGGAAGGGGUUCUGAUUUGAAACAUGCGUGCUUGGUGCGAAAUUUGUCAAGCUAGCGACGCGCGCUCGAGUUCUGCGCCUUCAAAUUUAAGGCGACUACGGUAGGUUACGAUAUACCCCAUUUUGACUUCUUUCUCUUACAAACUUUGAUAAAAUGAACUGAAAACGGCUCGAAUACAAGCGUCUCUUCAUUUCUUUUCAAUAAUGCAUCCAAAAUCAGCGUUUAGUUAGAAAAAUGGGGAAAAUCGUGAGCCACCGACCCACGUCUACCGUGUUCGCUUCAAAUUUAAAGGUACAGAACUCCAGCUAGCUGAGAAAUUUCGAUCCGCGCGAGACCCGCCGUCAAGAAUCGCACAAUACCGGACAUUUCAGUUAACGACAACGCUCCGCAGUUCACCUCGUCGAGCUAUGCGGCCACCAUCUCGGAGGACAUUCCCGUCGGCACCUCGUUCCUCCAAGUCUCCGCAAUCGACGCCGACAUCGGAGCGAACGGCAUCGUCGACUACUUCCUCAACGAGACCUCCUCCUCGCCGGCCAUCCAACUUUUUCGGCUGGACCGCACCUCUGGAACUCUUCGUGUCAGCUCGAAGCUCGAUCGAGAGCAGUUUGCAGUGUAAGUGUUAUUAUGUGUCGAGUGGGGGAUUAUGAACACCUGCGAUGGGAAUGGAUUACUCAAUGAGCCCUCAUUUGACCGGGUGUCACUGUUUUCUAUGGCCCGUGUUUUUUUGUCAAGUGCCCCUUUCGAAGAACAGAUUGCGGAGCGGACGGGCACAUUCAUUAUAAUUUAGAUUUCAUUCCAGAAUCGUCCUUCCGAUCUUCGCCAGGGACCGAGGUACUCCCAGCCUAUCGGCAUCUUCGGAAAUCACUCUGACACUCUCGGACGUCAAUGACAACGCGCCGACGUUUGAGCAGCUAUCCUACGAUUUGUAUAUUGCGGAGAACUCGGCAGUCGGUUCGACAGUCGGCACCAUUGUUGCCAGGGAUCCGGACGAAGGACAGAACGCCGACAUUUCGUUUAGGAUAUUCGGGGGCGCCGAUGCGAAACUUUUUGAUAUUGAAGGUAAAACUUAAAGUUAGACGAUUCCCUUAUCUUCCAAUUCUUUCAGAAGACGCCGAACAGAACGGACUCGUGAGAAUCCUUUCCCGUGUUGAAUUCGACUACGAGGCAAAAGCGAACAAAUUCUUUUUUGAAUUGCAAGCGAGCAGCGGACAGCUCUCCUCAACAGUGCCCGUCCGAAUCCACGUGUCGGAUGUGAACGACAACAAACCGGUGCUCAAAGACUUUGUGAUUCUCAUGAACCGCUUUGAGAACGUGCCGAUGGCCAGACAGGUCGGAUUCAUUCCCGCGUUCGACCCGGAUCAAAACGCCACCCUCGAGUACUUUUUGGAGGAGAACGACUUGAUCGAAGCGGAAAAGUACACUGGAAAGAUUCUGGUGAAGCAGGAGUGGAAGCGCAAUAUGGAUGUCUCGUUCAAGACGUGCGUCUCGGACGGAGCCAACACCGAAUGCUCGACGUGUCGCUUCAUCCAUGUGAUGGUCGAGCCGGAUUGGUUGGCCGAGAGUUUCACGCUGAGCCUCGCCCGAAUGACCGUUGACGACUUCUGGGAUCCGCUCGUCUUCCAAAGAUUCAGAGACGCCAUGUCGACCCUCAGCAACUGGAAGCCGUCGGACAUUCACGUGAUCGGUGUCAAGCAACAUCUCGAUGACGUCAUCCAUCUGAACCUGGCGGUGACGGACCACGGAAGAGUCGUACGGUAAGUGCCGGAUGGGACACAAUAACACUCGAAGCGACCAAAAGGGCCACCGCCUACUAGUAGUCAAGUGUUGUGUUACGGGAAAUGAGUUUGGUUUUGCAAUUAGAUGCGCUUCACAAUAAUUCGAUUUGUUUUGGCCAAACAAUGAAACGCAUGCGGGCGGCUCCUUCUCUCCAUCUUGAAGCACAGCAACAGACAAAGUGGUGUAAUUUAAUAGGAAUAAUGGAGCGGCUGUGCCACACUUUAUGUAAAACUAAAAUGAAAUGAAGAAAUAUGUAAAUGUAAAUGCAAAAAGUCUAGCCACCUAGGGGGCUCGAACCCCUGACCUUAAGAUUAAAAGUCUCACGCUCUACCAACUGAGCUAAGGAGGCCCCGUUUCAUCGCUACUCUUGUUUUGCAGAGGAUGGCGAGCGAUCGAACUGGUCAAAGAGAACAUCAAAAAGUUGGAGAAGAUGACCCUACUGCAAAUGGAAGUGAUUCGCGACGAGUCUUGCGCCAACGAACCGUGCUCGCACAUGGCUAAAUGCCGUCAAACUCAAAAGUUUGUGGGCGAGAUGAAGGCGCACGAGACGGACAAUUUCAUCGCGAGAACCCUGAACACCGUGAACACUUUUGUCUGCGAAUGCCCUUCUGGAUUCACAAGUGACUCAUUUUUUCAUCCAAUCUCAUCGAACAACGUGUCUCCUUUAGAUUCGGAUGCUCGUGGCGAGUGCGACACCCGUCUGGACGAGUGCUACCGGGGCAGAUGUUCGAACAAUUCGACGUGCGUCGCCUCCGAGAACACGUAUCGGUGCGAGUGCAAACCCGGCUGGAUAGGUACGCUUUGAUUUGUCUAAUUGGCUUGGGGCCGUUUCUCGUAAAAUUGAAUCGCUUUGUUUGGUUGGCAAUCGAACAAUAAAACGGUUAUGAGCACUUAGCUCUCAGCUCUAAUUGGCUUGUGCGGGAAGACGACUCUUCAAAACUUGUUCUGGUUUCUCAUUUCUCAUUUCGUCAGCUCAAAAUUGUUUCCACUUUUGCGUGGCGAAGGGGGCAAUUUGCGUGUCACUUCACUUCAGCACACAAGUCCCCGGUGCUCUUGUUUCAACCGCAACCGGAAGCACCCCAUCUUGUCUUGCGUCGUCUCACGAGGGACUUUCCCUCCCCGUUUCCCUGACCCCAACGUUGCGAAAAGGGACUUUUAGAGAAAUGGAUGUCACUGGGAAUUCGUCAAGUUCAUCUAAGCACAAUACCGUUUAUUCAAGACGGUGUACAUCAGAUGCCGGUAAAGAUAUUGAAAAGUUGUCAAUUGAUGAAAUGUGCACAAUGUUUUCCUGAGUAAUUUAUCAGUUGAUCACUUUUUGAUACCUCCACCGGCAGCUCAGAUAUAUUGUCCUGAAUGCUGGCGUUCUGGAGAGCUCCAUCUUGAAAACCAAUUAUAAUUUCAAAAAGCGGUAAACUGCAAAAUUGUGGGAAAUGCUAUGCUCAACAACUUUAUAGUUGACAGUUUUGUUCAAAAAUGCGUCACCUUUCAGGCCGUCACUGUGAAAUCUCGGUGCACGCGCUCACUUGUGUGCCCGGCUACUGUAUGUCCGAUUCGCUUUGUGAGCUCGACGGCAACCAGAUGAGAUGCCGUCACUGCAAGUACAAAGGAGAAGACACGGACGAGCGGUGUCGGUUGCGAAGCGUCUCUUUCGAAGGCGAAGGACUUCUCAACGUGAACCUCGACCUGCCGCGCACCCAAUGGACCAUGAAAUUCAGGUGAGCAGACACUGUGAGCUGACACUAACAAAAAGAGCCAGCUUCUUUUUGCAGGGUGUCCACAAUUGCGCACAACGGUGUUUUGGUAUUCACCGGCGACAAAAGAAGCGACUUUGUGGAAGUUUCCAUUGUGGAUCGGGUUCUAAAGGUAACGGAAAAUGUUGGGGGACCGGCAAUUGAAUGUGGAAUUCUGAAAUUCAGAUUCAAUUCUCGUUGGGAGGAGAGAAAGCCGACGCAAAGAUGGAGAAUGAUGUGGAGAAUCGAGUGAACGACGGCGAGUGGCAUACGGUUACUGUAGAGUAUUCCAACAAGGUACCGAAUCCCUAAUGUGACACUACAUUAUCAUUGUAACAUUUUCUAGCAACUGACAAUGUCGCUGGACGAAUGUGAAACCCAUCCGUCGCUUUUGCUCAACACGUCUCCGAAUUGUGCAGUGCGCGCGAAACUCAAGUUGGAGAAAAAGUACGUCUACCGUAGUGGUUAGGCUAAUUCACAGCCCGUUGGUAAUAAUUUAUAAUUGCGAGCUUGUUUGCAACAUGGAACUUCGUCUUUACAAAUAUAAUUCAAUUUUCGAAACGCGCCGCUCGCCGCGCUCGCGACGAUUGAAUUAUUCAUUUGAUUAGCGAAAUGGGAACUCUCUGACUGACUUUCCCCUUUCCCAGCAAUAAAAGGGAUCUACAAUACUUAUUUUCAGAUGUGACGACCCGACAGUUCCGUGCUAUCGUUAUCUGGACGUCUCCAAUGGCCUGUUCCUCGGCGGACGUCCGGGCACUUCGAAACAAAUCGAAAAGGCGUUCUCCGGAUGCAUUUCCGAUCUUUCCGUCGACUUUGAGCAAGUGGAUUUUUCGACGAUCAAAGAGAUGCACAAAGUGGGUCAAGUCCACGAAGGAUGCCGUCCCCGUCGUGACUUCUGCUCGGCUUCUGAAGGACACUGUCCGGCGACGACGAAGUGCGUCAACCGAUGGGCGGGCAGGAUUUGCAGCUGUCCGCAGGCGGCUCAUUCCACUGGAGAAUGCGUCGGAGCCCUCGGAACGCAGGAUCUUCGAGGACACUCGCUGUUCGAGGAGGAAUCGUUUGUUCUGUACCAACCUGCCCAAGUUUCAGUGCCCUUCGAAGUCACAUUUGAAUUCCGAACCUCACGAACCGAUAUGCAGGUGAUGGCGAUCGAGUUCACACAGAGAAGCGUCCACUACAAACUGGAAACCGACGACGGAAUUCUGAAGUUCACAGUCGGCGACUCGUCUGUGGACCUGCCGGCUCCGGAAGUCACCUCAAGACACUGGAUGAACGUGGUGAUCAAGUUCGACGCCGACUCCGUGGCCACCACAAUCGACGGCAUCUACUCGGCCGAGGUGAAGACUUCCAUUGCCGACAUGACUUUGGAGCAGCUCUACUUUGGCAUUGCCCCGGGCACCGGUCAUCCGUCACGAUUCGAAGGAUGCAUUCGGAAUGUGAUGGCCGACGGAAAACCGCUAUCGGUGAAGAAGAAGGGCAAGACUCGUGCUGGCUGCGUGGUCCCGAACCGGUGCUCCGUCGACGCAAUCUGUCCGGCGGAGAGCACUUGCCACCGCGCGUGGAACCGACACAAAUGCAAGUGUCACAAAAGCUUCGUCGGUGACACGUGUCUUCCCGUGUGCUCUGUGGCAAACGUGUGCUCUUCGGGAACGUGCGUCGCUUCGAAUACAACCGCCGGAUACGAAUGCAUUUGCCCGAGCGGAAAGGCUGGAAAGAACUGUCAACUGGAGGCGCCGAAGCAAAUGUGUCCGUCCGGAUGGUGGGGUAAUUUCCCGCGGUGCCGAAGAUGCUCGUGCUCGCAGAGCAAGGGCUACGAGGCUCAGUGUGACAAGCAAACCGGCGCGUGUGUCUGCAAAAAGAGUCAUUUCUCGACGAUCAACGGAUGUGUCAAGUGCGAAUGUGGCUUUGGAGCGGAGAGCACCGAAUGCUCGGCGGACGGACAUUGCAAAUGCAACGGAGAUGCGGUCGGAAGAAGGUGUGACAGGUGCUCAAGGUUUGAUCAUGUAAGUGUGCUAAGCAAGGGUGAAGCACAUAUGGAAACGUACUUCCUUUCAGCAAUUGGACUCGAAAACCCUGAAAUGCCGGCCAAUCUCAGGAAAGUGUCCGUCAGAAAUCGAGUACAGUAUCCAGUGGCCCGUCAGCCAGAAGGGAUCAAUCGUACGGCAAUCCUGUCCGACCGGCGAGAGUGGUCUGGCGACUCGAAAGUGUCUGGAAACCGGAAGAUGGUCGGAUGUGAACGCGUGGAAUUGCACCCGUCCCGAGUACUCGAUCAUGGUCAACAAGUUCGACAUCCUCGAACCCGCAAAGCUUUUGACAAUGGUUUCCAACGCGACGAACACGGAAUCGUCGAUCCGCGGACGCAAUCAACAGAUCGCCGCCGAGGCUCUCACCAGACUUGUCGACUACGAGCAGAGUUUGCCGCUGAAGGCGAGAGCUCAUAUCAAGGACAUGAGGUUUACGGAGAAGUUGGUGGAAGCACUGGGAAGAGUGAUGAGUGAGCAGCCGGCGGAUGAGUACUCGACGAUGAUUGCGAAGCUUUGGAACUACGCGGAGACGGUGGCCGAGACUCAUGAAGGCGUCACUUUCCUCUCGCCGUUCUUCGUGGCCAAUGAGCACAUCGGUUAGUGAUUAGUAAACUGUUCAUCUUUAUGAGUGUCUUUUUGCAGUAUUCGCAUCGGACAAACUAGACUUCGGCAACAUGCUUCCAAAGUUCAACAACUUUGUCGACCUCCGUCCGUCGGGCUUCCCGAGAGUUCGCGCCGUCGUGACUGGCACCACGCAAGUCGUCUACUCUAUCGUACCGUACCCCCGAUGCAAUCGCUGCGAGAACCCCAUGAUCGCCGUCGUCGCCAACACAACAGACCCUAUCAUGGUGGAGUUUGAAAUAGAAGAAGACGACGGAUGGAAGUACCCGGAAUGCGUUCGGUUCGAUGCAAAGUCGGGAGCAUGGACGACUCGCGGAGCAGCGCUGAUCGGGCUGAAUUUGACCCAUGCGGUGUGUGAAUUCGAGCAGAUCGGAGUGUUCACAAUGUUCGUCAACGAUCAGUCGAGUUCUAUUGUAAGAGUGGCUCAAAUGGACGACAUGACUUCUCCGGCCAUCGCUGGAGUCGCCCUGUUCCUCUGCUUCCUCUCCAUUCUGCUCACCGUCUCCCGUCGGAACGCCAAGAUCUACUCGGUCCGCAUCGGUUUCAUCCUCUUCUUCGCCGUCAACAUUCUCAACCUGUUCUUCGUCCACAAAACCGCCAUCAACCAGGCGUACUGCCCGGUCCGCAACGCGAUGCUCUCCUUCACCUCUUGCGCCCCGUUCGCGUGGCUCUUCCUCUACGGCCUCUACAUCUACCGAAUGCUCGCCGACGGCUCCUCGACGCCCAACCUCACCACCUCGCUCCUCGUCGGCAUCGUCUUCCCGUGCCUCAUCUCGUUCACCACCUUCCUCUUCACCGACCAAUGCUCACUUUCUCCGCACCUCUGGCUCUUCUGGUUCAUCGUCCUUCCGAUCGGACUCUUCCUUCUGCUCUCCUUCUACGCGGCCGCCACUUCGGUGCUCGUCAGUCUUCACAAAAAGUACGACGUCUUUGUGGCCAAGUACAAUGUGAAGAGAGCAGUUUUCCAACACUUUAUCCUGGUAAGUUGUGCUCAACUCAACAUCGCAACUUGUUCCUCAUUUCAGACGCUCUUCACACUGGGAAUGACACUAUCCGGUCUGUUCGCCAACCAACUGCCAUUGCCGGUUGAGCUAUUGGAAAUCUCUCAAUCGGUUGUCUACCUCAUCGCUGCAUUCGUCAUCUUCCUCUGGUGUGUCUGUGACGUGGCAACCAAGUCGUCCGACUCCAAUCCCAACAUGUGGCUCGACAAUCAGAAAUCGAUGAUGGCCGAGUCGACAAUGGCGGAUCCGCAAUGCGCUUCCCCGCUGCUCUCGCCUCGCCAUCAUCACGAGGCGACCGUGGAUCCGGAUUGGAUGCCCGACGUCAUUCCGAACAACCAUCAUCAUCGACCGAUCGAUGAGCCGGACACGCCGCGCCGUCAUCCUCCCCCUCCGAAACGCGAGAUCAUCAACAUCCUGUCGCCUCCGGAUCAGAUUCUAAACGAAGGAAUCGGCCACGUGUACCGCAACAACAUGGGCUCCCUGCCACGUCUUCGCAGCGCCCAGGACGAAUCCGACGACGCGUACUACACGUACACAACUUCCAGGAGGUACAAGAACACGACGUCGACGUUCAACAGAGAGUAA